AUGGGGAUGGGAGAGAGUGGGGAUGGGCGAGGACGAAGCAGACGGCGCGGAAGUUCACCGGGAGGGGAAAGGACCGUGGGACUGCCAGAGAUCCGCCGCUACCAGAACCCCACCGAGCUGCUGAUCCGCAAGCUGCCCUUCCAGCGCCCGCUACGGGACAUCGCCCAGGGCUUCAAGACCCACCUGCGCUUCCAGAGCUCGGCCCCCAUGGUCCUGCAAGAGGCCAGCCAGACUUUGCCUGCUGGGACUCUUCGAGGACACCAACCACUCGGACGGCUGCAUCAAGCAAAGGCUAUACCCAAGCUAAGCGCUCUCUUCACUUGGACGGGAGACUCAGCUCAGGAGGAUUUGCUGUGGCUUUCCCACCGAAAUCACUCCUCUGCUGGUCUCAGCUGGGAUCCACCCUGUAUGGAUUACCUUCAUUCUUUCCCUCUACUUCUACCCUGUUUUCUACCAUUCUCUUCCAUCUUACUUCCCUUUUUUUGAAAGGUUAGCUCAGAAACUACACUUUCUCCCUUCUCCAGUCUUUUCUGGUUCAGGUUUCCAGCGGCUGCAGUUCUUCGUUCCAGCAGGACAUGUUGGAGCUCAGCGAGGGGCCUAAUGUUUUCCACAGGCCUGGCUACUCGGGGUUGGUGGGGACAGAGUUCGAGGUAAGCUAUCUUAUUGGGUUAUUUCAGAGUCACUACAACUUUUACUUCAAUUCGAGAUUAAUUGAUGUUUUCUUUUACUUUCCUUUUCCUUAACCUGGUGCUGUCCCUUUCCCAAGUGUGUCUGACGGAGCGGUGCUGGGGAAGGUUGACUUUUCUGUUCUGACUGAGUUAGUUACGGUAGUUCCUCGAGCAGUGCGGCCGUGAUAAUGCUGUUCAGAUGCAAGUUGAAACCUUAACCACUUUGUUUCCUUUCCCCACAGGUCACCGAAGGUGCCAGAUUGUUUCCUUUGCUGAUCCCUGCCUGGGAGCUGGCUCUGGGUGUGAAAGACUCAACUCUACAACCAAGGGCUGAUCCUCAAUCCGCGAUCAAGGGCUGAUCCCCAAUCCGCGAUCAAGGGCUGAUCCUCAAUCCGCGAUCA